AUGAGCAAUCCAGAGCCGUCAACGUCGAAUGCUCAAGAAAAUAACGAUGACACAAACCAAGAAAAUCCCGAAGAAGCAGCCAAUGACCAAUUAAUCGAUCCCUUUAUUGAUUUCGAAUGCGAAGUUUGCCAUUUGCAAGAAAAAUGCCUAUUCGGCGAGCUUAAAAUCACUGAUGGCUUCUAUAAUUCACCAGUGUAUUUUAUUCGAGAUCCAUUCGAACCUCCAGCUCGCGUUCGAACGAAAAAACCGACUCUCGACGAUUUCCUAGUACUCGGAGCUCCAUGCUCAUUGUGCAAUCGGCCGGUGUGCUUCGAUAAGGGUUGCUCAAUUUUCUUCGGCAACAAUUUCUGCGCCCUUUGCGUCGCCCGCGAACGCCGCCGAUUCCCCGAUCAAGUUCUUGAGCUUCUCAGUAAAGGUGUGGCUGCAUCAAAAACAAAAUAA